AUGGCCGGAGCUGGGCAGGGCAACCCACCGACGGAGAAUGUGGUGCUGGUUGCAGUGAAGGCGGAGAGGGAGAUAUCCAAGACCCCUCUGGCGUGGGCGCUCGCCCACGUCGUCCGCCCCGGCGACUUCGUCACCCUCCUCGCCGUCAUCGGCAGUCACAAGGGUACAACUCCCUCCCGACUCCUCUCUCUCUCUCUUUCUCUCCCCCUCUCGGCCUCCUGCCGUCAGCUGGAUGCCUCUGCGGUUUUCUUGAUGCAUCGUCCCUCCGGACCUGCUUGCCGGUCCGUUUUAACCUCGACGACGGCGCCCUCGGGUCAACGUAGAGCAGAGAAGAUGGCUAUGGAGCUUCCCCAAGUUCACCAGCGACUGCAGCAGCGGCCGCCGCGGCGGGUUGCCGGAGGACCGCCGCAAAUGCGACGUUUCGGCCUCGUGCUCUCAGAUGGCUCUGCAAUUCCACGGCUUCCAGGACCAGAGCGAGGUGAACAUGAGGAUCAAGGUGGUGGUCUCGGGGGAGGCGGCGGCGGCUGGCGGCGCGGUGGCGGAGGAGUCUAAACGGGUUGGUGCCAACUGGAUCGUACUCGACAGGUAACGCCCCCCCUUAACUCCUGUUCUUGCUCCUCCUCCGGCCUCACACGCGCUAAUUGCUUAUUGAUUGAUAUCUACGGAGUCAGACCUCCCACUGACGACCCAUUUAGUGAAUUAGAGCUGCCGACGUUCGCGGUCCAUCCCAUCACUGGAACGUCUGUCUAUUUGGUGACGCGGACGCUCGGCAUUGUGACACGUAGGCGAACUCUAGAUGGGCCCAGAUAAUUUAUUCUCCGGAACUUGGGCCUCCAGUUGUGGGCCCAUAUGCUGUCCGGCCAACUGGGCCCACUGGGCCUUUGCUUCAAAUCUCACACGUGGUGGGCCCAAAGACGCAUGCUUUGCACGUGAUGGGGAGGAAGGUGGUCCCCAUCCCCCACCCCACACCGCUUCACUAAAUGGGUUUGGAGGGCAUAUUUUGGGCCGGCCCACUUUGUUUGACAAGUUCGAUGUCUGGCGAAGCAGGCAGCUGAAGCACGAGGCGAAGGGUUGCAUGGAGGAGCUGCCCCACUGCAAUGUCGUGCUGAUGAAACGCUCCAACGCGAAGGUCCUCCGCCUCAAUCUCGGCGGCGCCGCCCCGCUGCACAUGCCCCACCAGCCGCUCCCCGCCUUUACCCACGUCAUCCCUCCCCCCGCAGCAUCCGCCAUGGCGGAACAGCCGGCGGAAAGGCAGCGCCGGGAGGCCGAGGAGGAGGCGAAGCUCAGGCAGCACCGGAUCAAGCACUCUACCCCGACGAGCAGCACCGAAGAGGACGACUCUAUGGUCUCUUUCUUGAGGGAGUAUAGGGCGUCCACCUCGAGCUCCAGCACCACCACCGGCGGUAGCUCGUCCCCCUUCGUUUGCGAGCAUAACCCGCUCUACGAGGGCCUACGCAGCGUCGUGCUGAAGUCCAAGAGAGGAGGUGUGGUCGAAGGCCUGAGCACACCGACAGCCGCCUCACCGUGGCUACGGUUUUAUCCCACCGGAGGAGGUAGCAACCUCGAGAAUUUUUCUCUGUAGUUGUUCAAGUGCCACUAGUCUUUAUUUUUCUGACGGUUUAUCUUGUUCCCCUCAUGGUGGAGAUUCUACUUCCUCCGGCGACGUCAAGAGAAGCCAGCAGUCAAGCUCCGACCCAUCAUACUGGUCUCCAGCACCAAACACGCAGAAUGGUAGGCAGGUCUAUUGGGCACCCAACGACCAAAUCUACAUCAGUAGCCCGGUUGCCCACAGCAUCCCCGAGGAGCCGUCUCUUCCCUUGGCGGCUGCCAAGACGCUGCACGAGGCUUUCACGGAAUCCGACCAACUCUUCGGCGCGCGGAGGAUUGGCUACGAGCACGCAGACAGAGGGAGGGAUUUGAUGUACCAGUCCGACGGGAGGGACGCCGUCUCCCUGCUGCGCAGCCCGCCGCCUCCUGUUCCGCCCCUGUGCUCUAUCUGUCGGCACAAGGCACCCGUUUUCGGGAAGCCACCGAGAUGGUUCAACUUCGGGGAGCUGGAGGAAGCGACGGGGGGGUUUUCGGAUGCGAAUUUCGUGGCGGAGGGCGGCUUCGGGUGGGUCCACCGGGGGCUGCUCCCGGACGGGCGGGUGGUGGUGGUGAAGACCCUGAAGACCCUCGCCGGGCCAAAGGGCAACGACGAGUUCCGGGCCGAGGUCGAGGUUCUGAGCCGGGCGCAGCACCGGAACGUCGUGCUGCUGCUGGGCUUUUGCGUGGAGGGCCCCCGCCGGGUCCUCGUUUACGAGUACGUCUGCAACGGUUCAUUGGCCGUCCAUCUCCACGGUAAGAAACUCCCAUCUCCUACUUUCCUUCCUCCCCGUCCCCUCCUCCCUCCCUGCUGAACAGACGACUGUAAUGGGCCUAUUUGGCGUGUGUGGGCCUAG